CUUUCACAACAUUAAUGUCCCCUUCAUCCCCUUUCCAAAUUUCACUUCUCUCUCAACCACCCCACCACUUUCCGGUCUCUUCUUCCUCCUCCAAAAAUGGAUGAAAUCGAUGUUCCUUCCCAUUUCCUCUGCCCCAUUUCCCUGCAGCUCAUGACGGACCCCGUCACGGUACGCACCGGAAUCACUUACGAUAGAGAAAACAUUGAACGAUGGCUGUUCUCGUGCAACAACAGAACCUGCCCUGUCACGAAGCAGUCCAUCUUAGAUAUGGAUCUCACGCCGAACCACACGCUUCGACGUUUGAUCCAGGCUUGGUGCACCCUCAAUGCCUCGUCCGGGAUCGAGCGUAUUCCGACUCCCAAGCCUCCCGUUGAUAAAAUCCGGAUCGUCGAACUCCUCUCCGAAGCGAGCCGGUCCCCGCGCAGCCAUCUCAAAUGCCUUGGAAUGCUUCGAUCCAUUGCUUUCGAAAGCGACAGGAACAAGAUUUAUCUGGAGUCUGCAGGGGCGAUAGAAUUCUUGGCUUCGACCUUGAAGUUUAGUAGUGGACACGCCCGAGUGGACGACGACAAUGAACGCAGCGUCAUGAGCAUUGAAGCGGCACUCGAGGUUCUGUUCCAUCUAAAUCCUUCAGAAUCUCACUUUAAAAAUCUGGUCAGCAGCGAGGGAAUUCAAUUCAUCCAGUCCUUGAUCCGAAUCUUGGGGAAUGGGAACUACCAAUCCCGAGCUUACUCGACAAUACUAUUAAAAUCAGCGUUUGGAGUGGCGGAUCCAACCCAAUUGAUGAAUGUGAGAACAGAAUUGUUCGCGGAACUCGUGAGAGUGUUGCGAGAUAAGAUUUCACAGCAAGCUUCAAAGGCAGCGCUGAAGCUAGUAGUGGAGCUGUGUCCGUGGGGGAAGAACAGAAUCAAAGCGGUGGAAGGCGGCGUGGGUCUGGUGCUGAUAGAGAUGCUUCUAGAAGCAACGGAGAGGAGAGCGUGCGAGCUGAUUCUCGUAGCGUUGGAUCAGCUGUGCGGAUGUGCGGAAGGAAGAGCAGAGUUGUUGAAGCACGGUGCAGGGGUGGCGAUCGUGUCGAAAAAGAUUCUAAGAGUAUCACAAGUGGCAACUGAUAGAGGGGUGAAGAUAUUGAGCUGGAUCUGUAGGCAUUCGGCCAACGCGAGGGUGCUUCAGGAAAUGUUGCAGGUGGGCGCAGUGUGUAAGCUGUGUUUGGUGCUUCAAGUGGAGGCGAGCUUGAAGACGAAGGAGAGGGCCAAGGAGGUUCUGAAAUUGCACUCCAACACUUGGAGGAAUUCCGCCUGUAUUCCUGCUCCUUUGCUCCAAUCCUAUCCUUCCUCUGAUUCACUAGACAAGUAGCCAUGGGCAUCUUCUUUUUCUUUCUUUUAUUUUUUUGCCUUUUGUAUACGUGAUACUUGGUCAGAUUAUAAUAAUUACCGUGGUGCCAGAUAAGACAUUUUUACACAACUUAUUUUCGGA